AUGUAUACAUGUCCUGGACGCUUUCGAAAAAAUGCCUUCAAUAAAGAAAUAAUAGAAUUUUUACAACGAAGUCUGAUAAUUUUGCUGCACUUACAAAACUGCCCAACUAUGCCUUUAUGUCUAUCUAAUUGCGAUCAUCCGGAUUGCAAACUUAGAAAAAUACUGGUUGAACACAUACUCAUAUGUCACGAUAUAUAUUGUAACAUUCAUCGCUGCAGAAUUUCCACUUUCCUGUUGACUCAUUGGAGGAAGUGCUUCGAUAGAUAUUGUGACCUAUGCAAUCCUGUAAAGAAUAUUAUUAGAGGAUAUGGACUCGAGUUUGUUAUUAAAGGUGUUCCAUCGUGGAGAGCGGAAUAUGAUGAACCGAGAAGAAAUGCGCUCAUUGAGAUAGUGUUUAUCAAUUAUGUUGCUGCUCUUUUAGGCGUAAUGGCGUUUGCUCUAAAAAGAGUUACUUUGAAAGCUACAUCUUGCAAGAUUCCGUUCGGCGAGAUUUGGUAUCAUAUGAAAAGCAGGCGUUUAUGUUUUCAAGCGAUGAAGAUGAAUACUUUAAGAAACUUAGUGAAUGGGACCAAACAUAUAAUCCUCAGCUGGUAA